ACGGUUGAGCCGACCACACAACCAACAUCCACUUCUGCACCAUCAACAACUUUGAGCAGUACAGUGUCCCAGGACACUUCCUCCUCUUCCGAAGCGACCACACAAUCUACGGUGUCUGCCGCUGUCCCCACAACAAAUUCUACAGUGUCUACCCAGAAAACUGCCUCGGUACAUACGAGUACAACGCAAGAUGUUUCGCAGUCCACACCAACGGCGACGGAAGUUUCCUCAACACAGACAUCAACCACAAAGUCCAGCUCAACGCAGCCGGAAACUUCAACCGCCACCACCUCUGUUACAACAGCAAGUACUCAAGAGCCAACAACGGUUGAGCCGACCACACAACCAACGUCCACUUCUACAUCAACCACAAAGUCCAGCUCAACGCAGCCGGAAACUUCAACCGCCACAGAUUCUACAGUGUCUACCCAGACCACUGCCUCAGUACAUACGAGUACAACGCAAGAUGUUUCGCAGUCCACACCAACGGCGACGGAAGUUUCCUCAACACAGACAUCAACCACAAAGUCCAGCUCAACGCAGCCGGAAACUUCAACCGCC